AGUCACAUUUGAACCUUCUUCAACCCGAGACAGUAUCAAGUCAUAGCCUGCUACUACUACUACUACUACAACUACUGUAAAGCCAUGAAGACUCUUGCUCUCCUCUUCUCCUUUGCAUUUGUGCUGGUCUUCACUGCGCCCACUAAGACAUCUGAUGAGCAUCAUCUACUGAGGAGGAUCAUGAUCAAGGCUAACAAGACCCGCGAUGAAGGCCCGGAGGCCCUUUUGGACAGUCUAGUGCCAGCGCAAUUCAAUCAAGUUCGCUGCAAGGAACACGGGCCUAAAGAUUUCUGCAUAGCGGAGAAGAUUCUGUCUAACAUAAACGAAGAGCAGUACGGGACUUCAGACAACAACAUUGGGACAAUCAGCAGAGAGCUGAAGCAGUACAAUAUGCUUCACCCUUCCAACUGCACAGUGAAGAAUAACGUUGACGAGGAACAGCUCCGCGCUCUCCUGAUGAACCUCUACGACUGUGCCCAAAUCAUCUAUGCCCGUCCCCACCCUGUCACUCAUCACAAAACGACCCCAGCACUUUGAGGGGACUGAUGGGAACUCUGUCGAUCGUGCAUAGUCCAAUAACACAUAUGAUUAUUUAUUGAAUUGUAUUUAAAUGUACUAUGACAUUUAUUUUUGUACUAUUUAUGAAUAAAUUAACUAAUUGCUAAAAAC